AUGACGGCUGCGGGCGGCCCCGCUUCCAGGAGGGAAUCCCCCGGCCCCGGACUGCCGCAGAAGGUGGGUGGGCGCGCCGCGCUCUUGGGGGAGGGGCGGCCCGAGCAGGAGCCCGUGGCCGGGCUGAGACGCCCGGAGGAGGAAGGGGCGCGGGCCCGCACCCGGGAGCCCGCGCGGUUCCCGUCUGGCCGUGACCUUCGCGGCUCGGGGGUCCGCCGCGCGGGGGGAGGAGGGUCCCCGCCGCCUCACGGUGGAAGCAGAAGUUUCCUGGGGUCUGCGCGCCGGCCUUGCCGGAAGCUGGCGGCCAAGGCGGCCACCCGAGCCUGCGGGGACCCCCCCCCCACGACCUCCCAGCUCCCAAGGCCAGCGCGAGGUCGCCAGGACGAGGGCCCCGCGGCUGCGGCCCCUGGCAGCCCGGCGGUGACCCGGCCCACAGCAGCGGCUUGGCCAGGAGACCCCUGCACCUCGGGCCUCUGCGUGCCCAGCGCGGAGCUCACCGAAGGGGCCAGGUGGUCGGUGAGCCAGACAGGGGUGAGCGCAGCCCUCACGGCCCUGGGGCCUGGGAGUCCCCGCCACCCCCACACGGAUCCCGGGGGGUCCAGCCAGGGCGGGGAGAGGCUGGGGCGGGCGCUCGCCCCCCGGCCGGGCCCGUGCUCUGGGCGGCGGGGAAUGCGCCCGCUGCCGCCGCCCCCGGCCCCGCCGCCCCCGGGCCCCGCGCCCUCCCGCUGCCGCCCGCACCGGCCGCGGCCCCGGCCCCGGCCCCGGCCCCGGCCGGCUCCUGCGGGUCCGCGGCCGCGCGGGACCCUCUCGCCGCCAGCCGCGUGCGCCCGCCGCGGUCCGCAGCAGGUCAGCACCGCCGUGCCGCCGCCGAGCCAUGCGGGCGCCCAGGUCGCCAUGAACGGCCACAGCCACAAUGGCAGCGCGGGGCGGCCGCUGGGCAGCGACGCCCCGGACCCCGAGGCCGGCCGGGGGCAGCGGCAGGAGGGCGAGGCCGAGGGCGAGGGCGAGGACGAGGACGACGGCGCGCGAGCGGGGAGGCCGCCGGCCGCGGGCCACCGCCUGGGCCACCGCCGGGCGCUCUUCGAGAAGCGGAAGCGGCUGAGCGACUACGCGCUCAUCUUCGGCAUGUUCGGCAUCGUGGCCAUGGUCACCGAGACCGAGCUGUCCUGGGGCGUGUACUCCAAGGAGUCGCUGUAUUCCUUUGCACUCAAAUGCCUCAUCAGCCUGUCCACCAUCAUCCUGCUGGGCCUGGUGGUCCUGUACCACGCGCGUGAGAUCCAGCUGUUCCUCGUGGACACCGGCGCGGACGACUGGCGGCUCGCCUUGACGCGGCGGCGUGUGCUGCUCAUCUCGCUGGAGCUGGCCGUGUGCGCCGUGCACCCGCCGCCCGGCCACUCCCGGCUGCGCUGGGCGGCGCGCCUGGCCCUGUCGCGCGCCGAGGCGGACGUGGACGCGCUGCUGUCCGUGCCCAUGUUCCUGCGCCUCUACCUGCUGGGCCGCGUGCUGCUGCUGCACAGCAGGGCCUUCACGGACGCCUCGGGCCGCAGCCUGGGCGCGCUCGGCAAGGUCACGUUCAACGCGCGCUUCGUGCUCAAGACGCUCAUGACCCUGUGCCCAGGCACCGUGCUGCUCGUGUGCAGCGUCUCGUCCUGGGUCAUCGCCGCCUGGACAGUGCGCGUGUGCGAGAGGUACCACGACAAGCAGGAGGUGACCAGCAGCUUCCUGGGGGCCAUGUGGCUCAUCUCCAUCACCUUCCUGUCCAUCGGCUACGGGGACCUGGUGCCGCACACGUACUGUGGGAAGGGCGUGUGCCUGUUCACUGGCAUCAUGGGGGCCGGCUGCACGGCGCUCGUGGUGGCCGUGGUGGCCCGGAAGCUGGAGCUGACGAAGGCCGAGAAGCACGUGCACAACUUCAUGAUGGACACUCAGCUCACGAAGCGGGUGAAGAACGCCGCCGCCAACGUGCUCAGGGAGACCUGGCUCAUCUACAAGCACAGCAGGCUGGCGCGGAGGCCGGACCCUGCCCGCGUGCGCAGACACCAGCGUAAGUUCCUUCAAGCCAUCCAUCAGCUGCGCAGCGUGAAGAUCGAGCAGGGGAAACUGAACGCGCAGGCCACGACGCUGGCCGACCUGGCCAAGACCCAGGGCGUCAUGUUCGACCUGCUGUCCCAGCUGCACGCCCAGCACGAGGAGCUGGACGCCCGGCUGCGGGCCCUGGAGCGCCGGCUGGACGCGCUGGGCGCCUCCCUGCGGACGCUGCCCGGCCUCAUCGCCCAAGCCGUGCGCCCGCUGCCCCGGCCGCGCCCCGGAGCCCGCAGCCCCCUGUGCGCGUGGCCGCCCGUGGCCGCUUCGGACUGCGGGUGA